AUGCGUACAUCUUUCGUUGCCAUGCUGGCCCUCAGCGCUGCCGCUGUGUCCGCUGCCCCAGCUGCUGCUCCUGUUACCGAUCUUGUUGAGCGCGGCUCCUCCAGCUGCACCUUCACCUCCGCCGCUGCCGUCAAGUCUGGCAAGUCGUCCUGCUCCACCAUUGUGCUGGACAACAUCAAGGUCCCUGCCGGCGAGACCCUCGACCUUUCCAAGCUGAAGAGCGGCGCUAAGGUCAUCUUCAAGGGCGAAACCUCCUUCGGAUACAAGGAGUGGACUGGUCCCCUCAUCCGCGCCUCCGGAAGCAACAUCCACAUCUCCGGCGAAGCCGGCCAUGUCAUCAACGGUGGCGGUGCCAGCUGGUGGGACGGCAAGGGAACCAACGGCGGAAAGAAGAAGCCCAAGUUCUUCUACGCCCACUCCCUCGACGACUCGACCAUCACCGGACUCAACGUCAAGAACACCCCCGUCCAGGGUUUCAGUGUUCAGGCCAACAACCUGAUCCUCGACCACAUCACCAUCGACAACAGCUUGGGUGACACUAAGGGAGGCCACAACACCGAUGCCUUCGAUGUUGGUGAGAGCACCCACAUCACCAUCAGCAACGCCAACAUCAAGAACCAGGACGACUGCCUGGCCAUCAACUCUGGCUCCAACAUCAACUUCAUCGGCGGCACCUGCUCCGGCGGCCACGGUAUCUCCAUCGGUUCCGUUGGCUUGCGCGACAACAACAUCGUGAAGGACGUCACCAUCUCCGACUCCACCGUUCUCAACUCUGACAACGGUAUCCGUGUCAAGACCAUCUACAAGGCCACCGGUGCUGUCUCCGGCGUCACUUUCUCCAACAUCAAGCUGUCCAACAUCGCCAAGUACGGUAUCGUCAUCGAGCAGGAUUAUCAGAACGGUAGCCCUACCGGCAAGCCCACCACCGGUGUCCCCAUUACUGGCCUCACUGUCGAGAAGGUUACCGGCUCUGUCAAGAGCAGCGCUAUUCCCGUCUACAUUCUCUGCGGCGAGGGUAGCUGCAAGAACUGGACCUGGUCUGGAAACACCAUCUCUGGUGGUAAGAAGAACGGCAAGAAGUGCUCUGGUGUGCCCACCGGCGCUUCUUGCUAA